AUGGGUGCAGAAUUGGCUCAGACACCAGAAGCAGAGGGUGAUGGUGUGAGGAACCUCAUCAGAACUGGCCGAUGUUAAGAGUGGUGUUCCACAGGGGUCAGUGCUAGGGCCGCUGCUGUUUUUAAUAUAUAUAAAUGAUUUAAAUAGGAAUAUAAGUAACAAGCUGGUUAAGUUUGCAGAUGAUACCAAGAUGGGUGGAUUAGCAGAUAAUUUGGAAUCUGUUAAAUCAUUACAGGAGGACUUGGAUAACAUACAGGCUUGGGCAGAUUUGUGGCAGAUGAAAUUUAAUGUCAGUAAAUGUAAAGUAUUACACAUAGGAAGUAAAAAUGUUACGUUUGAAUACACAAUGGGCGGUCGGAAAAUCGAGAGUACACCUUAUGAGAAGGAUUUAGGAGUCAUAGUGGACUCUAAGCUAUCGACUUCCCGACAGUGUUCAGAAGCCAUUAAGAAGGCUAACAGAAUGUUAGGAUAUAUAGCACGAUGUGUGGAGUACAAGUCCAAGGAGGUUCUGCUCAACCUUUAUAAUGCAUUGGUGAGGCCUCAUCUUGAGUACUGUGUGCAGUUUUUGUCUCCAGGCUACAAAAAGGACAUAGCAGCGCUAGAAAAGGUCCAGAGAAGAGCGACUAGGCUGAUUCCAGGGCUACAGGGGUUGAAUUAUGAGGAAAGAUUAAAAGAGCUGAGCCUUUACAGUUUAAGCAAAAGAAGAUUAAGAGGUGACAUGAUUGAAGUGUUUAAAAUUAUGAAGGGAAUUAGUGCAGUGGAUCGAGACUGUUAUUUUAAAAUGAGUUCAUCAAGAACACGGGGACACAGUUGGAAACUUGUUAAGGGUAAAUUUCGCACAAACAUUAGGAAGUUUUUCUUUACACAAAGAACGAUAGAAACUUGGAAUAAGCUACCAAGUAGUGUGGUAGACAGUAAGACGUUAGGGUCUUUCAAAACUCGACUUGAUGUUUUCUUGGAAGAAAUAAGUGGAUAGUACUGGCGAGCUUUGUUGGGCUGAAUGGCCUGUUCUCGUCUAGAGUGU